UCACGGCCCCAUCGAAAGAGUCAGGGAGUGCAUGCGAGAAGACAAGAGCGGACGUCAAUGAGAGUCGCAAGCAUAUGGUGGAUGCGGCUGUGGUACGAGUCAUGAAAAGCAGAAAAACACUCAGCCAUUCGGAUCUCGUGCGGGAUGUCAUACAAGCAUUACAUGGUGAGAGUUACUAA